AUGUUUGCACUAUUUCUACACGAACGAGAAAUUGGAAGCCCACAUCAUCGACUGUCGGGAGAUGAACGACUGCGCGGUCAAGUUACCGAGUGAUAACGACAAGUGGUUGCAAUUCAACAACUACGGCAGGAAAGAACGAGUUCCGUUGAUCGUAUACGCCGACCUGGAAUGUACCCUGGAGAAGACGGCAGCGGAUCCUGAAACGUCCGGCAUAUACCAACACCAUAAGGAACUCAAAGGAUUGGCGCAUCGCGUAAAGAACAUCUUGUCCGACAAUGAACCCAUGGCGAAUUUCACGCGAGACGAGUGGAAAAAAUUUAACAGUGCGACGCAAUGUCACGUGUGCGAGAAACCGUUCGCGCCAGACGACACGCGGGUACGCGAUCACUAUCAUUUAACCGGUAGGUAUCGAGGUCCCGCACAUUCGACAUGCAAUUUGAAUUAUAAGGAUUCUCACUUCAUCCCAGUAAUAUUCCACAAUCUGUCGGGCUAUGACGCGCAUUUCAUUAUCAAGGAGAUAGCUACCGCGUUCGAAGGCAAAAUCGAUGUACUGCCUAUAACAAAGGAAAAGUACAUCUCAUUUACUAAACACGUGAAAGACACCACGAAAAGAUCUGAUUCGCAAAACAAUAUAAAGUUAAGAUUUAUCGACUCGUAUAAAUUUCUGAGCGCAAGUCUCGCAAAAUUGUCAUCUUUCCUAGAUAAUGAUAAAUUAAAAAUUAUACGUUCAAAAUUUUCCACGUUAUCCGACAACGAUUUUGAAUUAUUGACGCGAAAAGGUGUCUUUCCGUAUGAGUACAUUGACUGCGUCGAAAAGCUGGAGGAUAAAUGUUUACCACCGCGCGAUUCAUUUUACAGUUCUUUGACCGGUGACACCGUAUCCAAGAGCGAUUACGCUCACGCCGUGAACGUCUGGCAACGGUUCUCCAUUCAAACCUUGGGUGAAUACAGCGAUCUAUACCUGAAAACCGAUGUCUUGUUAUUGGCUGACGUGUUUGAAAAUUUUCGCGAUAGCUGCGUCGCGAGUUACGGACUCGAUCCAGCGCAUUAUUACACUCUACCGGGUUUCACGUGGGACGCUAUGUUAAAACAUACACGCAUUAAUUUCGAACUGCUCACAGACAUUGAUAUGAUAAUGUUUAUCGAACGUGGUAUUCGCGGCGGUCUCAGUCAAUGUUCCGGUAGAUACGCGCAAGCUAAUAACAAGUACAUGCAAUCUCACGAUCAGUCGAAACCAUCGUCGUACCUGAUGUAUUUCGAUGUAAACAACUUGUACGGCUGGGCGAUGUGUGAGCCAUUGCCCUACGCAGAUUUUCGAUGGGUCAACAACAUCUCGAACUUUGACGUGAACGCGAUCGCUUCGGAUUCACCCACAGGUUAUAUUCUCGAAGUCGAUCUCGAGUAUCCACAGUGUCUGCAUAAUACGCACGCUGAUCUACCGUUCUGUCCGACGAGCGAUAAGCCGCCCGGCAAACGAGAGAACAAACUUCUCGCGACUUUAUACAAUAAGGAGCGUUACGUCAUUCAUUAUCGCAACUUACAGCAGUGCACGCGCCAUGGUCUUCGCGUCACAAAGAUACAUCGCGUAUUGCAAUUCACUCAAUCUGCGUGGCUCCGCGCUUACAUCGAACUCAAUACAAAAUUUAGAACACUAGCCAAAAACGAUUUCGAAAAAAAUUUGUAUAAAUUAAUGAACAACGCUGUAUUCGGUAAAACUAUGGAGAAUGUGCGCAAUCACGUCGAUGUAAGAUUAUUAACAUACUGGGACGGACGAUACGGUGCGGAGACAAUGAUCGCGAAACCAAACUUUCACAGCAGGAGCGUGUUUUCGGAGAAUCUAGUAGCAAUAGAAAUGCGAAAACUCGAGGUGAAGUUCAACAAACCAAUCUACGUGGGUAUCCUUAUAUACCACAUCGAGUGCGACGACGUGUACGAGACGAUGAAACGCGACAUCGACAGAUUUGACACAAGCGAUUAUCCGGUAAAUAACGCGUACGGUAUACCACUUGUAAACAAGAAGGUGCCGGGCUUAAUGAAAGACGAAAACAAUGGCGCGAUCAUGACAGAAUUCGUUGGACUCAGAGCGAAGAUGUAUGCGUUGAAGGUAGAUGGUAAAAAAGACACUAAAAAAGCAAAAGGUGUCAAGAGUAACGUCGUAGCGCGUACUAUAACGUUCGACGAUUACACGCGGUGUCUGAAGGAUACAAUUGAAAUGACGCGACAGCAGUUCUCUAUAAGAUCAAAUAUGCAUGAUGUGAACACCAUCCGCGAGACGAAGAUCGCUCUGAGUCCGUACGACGAUAAGCGAUACAUUAUACCCGAUUCGAUCGAUACGUUACCGUGGGGACAUUAUCAAAUACUCCCUCCGAAAACGUAG